UUUCCGCUCGAGGAAGAGAAGCUUUAUCAAGCGUUUCCCGGGCACUAUGUCCACAGAGUUGUCGCUCUACGGUGACGAGACGGGAAGUUUCUUCAUGUCGGCCAAUCGAAAGAGACUUCAUUUGGACCUGAACGCAUGCAAACCCGGUGCAAAGAAAGUGAAGAUGAAUGCGGCGGUGCUCUCUUCGCCAGAUUUGAACAUGCUGAAACUGGCCUCACCGGACCUGGAACGAUUUAUCAUACAACAGAACGGGCUCGUCACUACGACUCCAACCCCAACAGGAAUCGCCUCGAUCCUGUUCCCCAGACAAGCCACAGAGGAGCAAGAGAACUAUGCCCGGGGUUUCACGGAUGCCUUGAACGCCAUUCGACAGUUGGAGCAUCAACCAGGCGUACCCUUGGACAUGGUACCACCUUUGACCAGCCCCAUGUGUUACACUGAUCUCGACAGCGUGAAAUCGGAAGAUAAUAGUUGCGACAAUGUUGAGACGUGUCCGAAACGGGAACGGAACCGCAUCGCCGCCUCGAAAUGCCGUCAGAGGAAGUUGGAAAAGAUUUCUAAGCUGGAGGAUCGCGUUCGUCAGCUGAAGGGGGAAAAUGCGGAACUCUCGGGAGUUGUGCAUAAACUCCGAGCACACGUGUGUACCCUCAAGGAAAAGAUCUUGAGCCAUGUGAAAGACGGCUGCACCCUCAUGGUCGCCCCGGAUUUCCUCGUCAAGGACGAGGACUCCAUUAUCAUCUCCUCCCAGGCC